CCCCACUGUGGAGUUCCUCUGUGGCCAGGCACAGUGUGUGUCUGUGUGCCUCAGAUCACGUGUGAUGGCAGAGUGCUUCAGGUGCCUGCCUCCCUUCAGUGGGAAAGAGGCUCCUGGCUCACAUACCGGCCCUGUCCCCAGGUGUGUCUUCCUGCCGGACCAGGGAGCCUUCUUCGUGAACUACGUGAUCGCCUCAGCUUUCAUCGGCAGUGGCAUGGAGCUGCUGCGACUGCCGGGCCUCAUCCUCUACACCUUCCGCAUGGUCAUGGCCAGGACAGCUGCUGACCGCAGGAACAUCAAGCAGAACCAGGCCUACGAGUUCGAGUUUGGAGCCAUGUACGCCUGGAU